UGGUUUUUUUUCCGUUCAGGCCGAAUGUUACGUUCGCCCCAUGUAAAAACCCAUAAGAAAAAAAGUCGGUUUUUCUACGUUCGCGAGCUACGUAGAAAUAGCGAACGCACUUUUUGGGUAAUUACGCGAUAUUUUUAUCGAUAUGACAACGAAAAAGAGCUCAGCACUAAACAAACAGCUGACAUUUAAGUGCGCCAAGAUGAGCCAAAAAAAUCGCAAGCCGUCAAUAUCGUGGAGUGCCAUCAACGAGUCUUUGUUGUUCGAGUUAUGGGAGGAGAAAUGUAGUGUCUUUUUUGGCCAAUCCACGAAGGCGCUCCACAAGGAUGCUAAGCUCCUCCCUAUUAAUUUCAAAAUUAUCUUAAAAAAAAAAUUUGCUGUUUCCAGGAAUAUCGCGCUCCCAAAAACACCCAUGCCCUUGCUAAAAAGUGAAUGUAUUUAUGUAAAUAUUACAUUGCUCGCAGCAAUUAUACUUACAUAGGCCCAA